UAACGUUAGCCUAUCAAGGAGUAACGGUACAGGGAACAGUAGGAAUAUUUUUAUUCUAGGGUAAAAACGGAUACCCCAGAACAAGGCACUUGAUAUGAUGCUACUCUCGGCUCGGAAUUUACAAACUCAUAAGAUAACGCAGGUUCCAUAGUUUUGCCAUUUGACCUCUAUGGUUUAGUGAAUGAAGUGGCUAGCUAACGUUACAAACUUAAGUUAGCUGGCUAGUCAGUUAAAAUAAAAUAACAGUAGGCUACAAACAAACAAUGGCUGGCUCACCCAUACCAGGUAACCUUAUGGCUCGGCGCCCGCAACCUCCGACGAAGACUGUAGUUAUGUACAGGAAUGGAGAUGCGUUUUUCACUGGAAGGAAGAUUGUCAUUAACCAUCGCCAAAUGUCAACUUUUGACAGCUUUUUAAGUUCAGUUACACUUGGUAUUGAGGCACCAUUCGGAGCCGUGCGAAAUAUUUACACUCCACGGGAGGGGCACAGGAUAUUUGACAUGGACCAUUUGCAGCAUGGAGAGAAAUAUGUAGCAGCUGGAAGGGAACGUUUUAAAAGGCUUGAAUACCUACAAAUAACAACGAAGAAACCACAAAGAAAGAAAAAUGAACUGAUUCAGCCUGUAGUUCACAGCAAAAUAGUCGUUCCAGCUCGUUGGAGGAGAAUCAUUAAUGAGUCAUGCACCAUCAAUGUUUUUACCAAUGGAGAUGUCUUGGUUCCACCAGCUCGGAUACUGAUACCAAAGUACACUCUCAAAAACUGGGACAAUGUACUGGCCAUGGUAACAGAGAAGGUACACCUACGCACAGGAGCAGUGUACAGGUUAUGCACAUUAGAUGGGACUCCUUUAUUCAGCGGUACAGAGUUGGAGAAUAACCAGUACUACGUGGGCGUGGGGGCUGAGAGAUUCCGACACUUGCCAUAUUUCCAGUGGGUUCCUAACAAAGCAGUUAGUCGAGAUAUGACCCAGGGUGACGUACUACCACCACUUAAAAAGAGGAAAGCAGGAAAAAAUGCUGCAGAUUGCCCAGCCCCGUCCCAGGGAGAGGAGCCGGAGCAGGCGGCCAAGGGGCUCCAGGCCCUGCUGAGCGGCCGCAGCGGCUCCCGCUUCUAUGCCAAGUCCCAGGCAGCCAAACAAGCGCCGGAGCCUUCCAGAAAUCCACCUAGUUUCUCAGUGGGGGCAGAUAGCGUGUUCAAAGCCAAGGACAGAAGAAAGGAAACAGCGGGAGCGGCCGAGGUGGAGGAGGAUAGGCGAGUACGAGUGGACCUGCCCAUUGAUCAGGUCAAAGCCAGGCCUGUGGAUGAGGAGCAGUGUGACUACCCUCGUCCAGAGAGCGGUGGUAGGAGUCCCAUUAAAUCUUUCCUUCGUCGGGCCAGUACCGGCAAAGCUCUAAAAACGUCGCCGGCCAACUCCAGGGCGGAGACCCCCGGCAGUACUUGCGUGACUCCAGACGAGCCAUUCAGUGACUCCAGGCUAAGUCAUGCCAAUGGGAAGCCGGCGAAAGAACCCGGGAAGCCACCAACAAAGACACCUGCGAGAGCAUCAGGGAAGGCACCUGUGCCACCAGGUGAGCCAGUCGAGGACUCCAAGCUUAGCGCUGCAAACGGAAAGCCACCGAGAGCACCUGUGAGGCCACCUGUGUGGACACCAUCAGCAAAGGCGCCGUCGAGAGCUCCAGCGACGCCAGAGGAGUCGGGCGACGAGGCUAGGCUAAGCGCUGCAAACGGAAAGCCAGCGAGAGCGCCUGUGAAGGCGCCGGCGAGGGCACCUGUGGCGGCGGCGAAGAUGAAAGCUCCGGCGACGCCAGACGAGAUGCCAUCGCGAGCGGGUUCGCCUGUGGAGUCGCCAGAUGUAUCGCCUCAGGAAGCCACAGAGGAGCCGAAAGUGGAGCGGCGAGCGUCAAAGCUGUUCGGAAUACGGACACGGAUGUCCAAGUUUUUCAAGGACAAAAACAAGGAGAAGACAUCUGCUCCAGAAUCGGAUGCCGUGAAGCCGGAGUGAGAACCAGGCCCAACAACAGUAUCGGUGUCAUCAGAACGCUCCCUCACGCGGUGUCAGAUGAUUGGACGUAUGCUCGGCAGACAUCUAUUCAGGACAACAGUAUCUGUGAGCAAACUGUCACGGGAGUUGGAAAUAAAACAGGGGCCUUUGGAGUGCUCUCACUCUCACCCACAGUUUGAUA